AUGCUACAGGCGGGGUUGAAGGACGACGGCGACGCUUGGAUGGGGAGAGGCAAGGAGAGAGAGAUGACGCGCGAUAGGGCAGAGCUGUGUGAUCAACGCUAUGGACUGGGCGAUCGGCAGCGGCCGCGCGCUCCUCCCCAAGUUGCUUCAAGUCGAGUGAAGUCCUUUAUUACAGUCGACUUGCUCGUUCACGUUAUCCGAUGCCGACCGCCAUCCGCCCGUCUGUCUGUUCGCCUGACUGUUGUGUUCUUCCAUUUGAUGCUGUCUGCUUUGGAGAGUGCGCGUGCUUAUCGGACUGGGCUGAGGACCAUAUGGAUGCUUUGUUCGAUAGCUGCGCUUAUUUAUAAAACAAAUUCCGAGACCGUCCAUCUCCAGCCUCUUCUUAUAUCAACCACAAUGCAUCAUCUGUCCUUUCUUCAGAGGGCUCCUCCCUUCUCUUCCACACCCGCGGCCCUUCGCUAUGCUUGCCCGUACUUCACGCGUAGCUGCCUUGCUCCUAGUAGCCUUCACGUCGCUGGCGUCCCUUGUCAACUCGUCUCCUCUCGUUAACCACGACCUCGCCCCGGUCCACAAUGUCUUCAUGUCCAAAAGGCAGGAUGACACAAAACUCCGCUUCGUGAAAGACUCGGGCGUGUGCGAGACGACACCUGGUGUCGGUCAGAUCUCGGGCUACAUCGACGUUGGUCCGAAUAUGUCCAUGUGGUUUUGGUUCUUUGAGGCAAGGCAUGACCCAGAGACGGCUCCCUUCACGCUUUGGCUGAACGGAGGUCCAGGCUGUUCGUCAAUGAUCGGGCUUUUUCAAGAGAACGGACCAUGCAAUGUCAACCCUGAUGGCGAAACGACCACUCUGAAUCCAUACAGCUGGAAUAAUAUCAGCAACAUGAUCUACAUCGACCAGCCUAUUGGAACCGGCUUUUCCUUCGGCACGGACACUGUCAACAGCACACAAGCAGCCGCUCCAUUCGUCUGGACAGCCUUCCAAAUCCUCUUCGAGAGUGGACAGUUCAGCAAGUUCAAAAGUCGCGAGUUCGUGUUCGCAACGGAAAGUUACGGAGGACACUACGGACCAGCGUUCGUUACGUAUUUCGAUCAGCAAAACGAGCUUAUCGCGAAAGGGACGAUCGAAGGCGAGCCAAUCGUAGUCAGCGCUUUGCUCAUCAACAACGGUUGGUACGACCCACUCCUACAAAACAAGGCCUACGUCGACUUUGCUACAAACGCCCCUGGCUACGGUCCCUUACAAUCUCCUGACGUUCUCAAGAAGCUAAACCAGUCGUUCUACGAGCCAGGUGGAUGUAGAGAUCAAGAACUGGCAUGUUACGAAGCAAGCAAAGAGGAUGCUGAAGGCCUGCAUGGCGCUGGGAACAGUUCGUUCAGCGACGCAGUAUGUAUAAAAGCUGAUAACUUUUGCGUGGAAAACGUCUUCGUCCCUGCUGUAGGCGACCGCGACUCCGACGACCUCCGACAAAACAGCUCUGCACUCUUCCCUCCGGAGUUCUACCUCAAACUCCUCGCUAACGAGACGACAAAGAAGAAGAUUGGAGCGGAGAGCACGUAUGGUGAGUGUCUGGAUGCGCCAUUUGAGUUGUUUGCAAGGACGGGGGAUGAUGCGAGGACUCUACUCCCGGCGCUUGGUGCACUGGCGAAUUCAGGGUUGAAGAUGCUCAUAUGGGCUGGUGACGCAGACAUCAACUGUAAUUGGCUCGGCGGGCAUGCAUCCGUACUCGCAAUGGACUGGUUCGGCAGUAAACAACUGCACGCGACGCCUUUCACGAAUAUGACGAUUCACGGGGAAGCCGUAGCUGCUAUUCAGAACGUGCAUAACUUCUCGUUUGCGAGAGUGUAUCAGGCUGGACAUGAAGUGCCUGCUUUUCAACCUGAGGCUGCGUUUGUGAUUUUUGAGCAGAUGAUUAAUGGGGAGCAGCUGCACUCUGUCUAACAAUGGAAAUGAUAUCGGCGAAAAAUACGUCAUCAGGUCUGGCUUUUCUGUCUUUAGGCUAUGUACACUGUACAGAUAGAUAGUCAGAUUGUAAGACUGUUUCCGAAUGCUCUUGGCAAUGGCAAUGGCAUGUGGUGAAAGACUGAUAGAACGACGGAAUCGCGGAGUGGAAGUGCGGAACGAGUAGAAGGGAGCUGUUACAGGGCCGGUAGUACAUUCACGAGAUGGAAUAUCAGUGUGAUUGACUAUCAGUGUGAUUGAAUAUCAAUCUAUUUUUGAGCUG